AUGACUUUCUACACCCACCCUUUUCUCUUCGGCCUCGUAGGACUUACUAUCGCGACAGCGAUUCCCCGUGGAGACUCGAUCACCGCGCUGUCGGCCUCCCAAGUCGCCGCCUUCAAACCUUUCUCGUAUUACGCUGCCACAGCAUACUGCAAACCCGCGACAGUUCUAAAUAAGAGUUGUGGAGUCAAUUGCGAUGCAAACACCGCGUUCCAACCCAUUGCGGCUGGUGGGGAUGGGUCGAAAAUACAGUUUUGGUAUGUUGGCAUCGACCUCAGUCUCAAGACUGUUAUUGUUGGCCACCAAGGCACAGACCCCAGUAAAAUUGCACCCCUGCUGACGGACGCAAAUUUUUUCCUCAAACCUUUAAAUGAGACAUUCUUUCCAGGAUUGAAUUCAGCCAUCAAGAUCCACAAUCAGUUUGGUGACCAACAUUGGAAGACAAUGAGCCAAAUUCUUUCCGCUACGCGCGCUGCUCUGCAAAAGUCGAAUCUUACGCAGGUAACACUUAUUGGGCAUUCAUUGGGCGCGGCACUCGCACUCUUGGACAGUGUGUCCUUGCCGCUGUUUUUGCCUGGCAUCCAAUUUAAAACGAUUGGAUACGGUCUGCCUCGGGUUGGAAAUCAAGCCUUCGCGGAUUAUGUAGAUGCAAACGUCCAACUCAGCCACGUCAACAACAGAGAGGACUUUGUCCCAGUUAUUCCGCUCAGGACUCUUGGUUUUGUUCAACCCCAAGGAGAGAAGCACAUCCAGGAUGAUCUUACUUGGCUUGAUUGCCCAGGAAACGACAACCCCGAUCCUCGUUGCUCAGCGGGUGACGUAUCAAGCGUUUCGGCUGGCAAUCUCUCUAAUCAUGAUGGCCCGUAUGAUGGAGUAGAAAUGGGCGGCGCUACCUGCAAGAAUGUUACUGGAACAGCCGGCGUUGCUACUGCUGCAGCCAGCACUUUUCAUGCAAGAUGCGGGGUGUUGUUCCUUUUGGCGACCGCUUUCAGUUUGCUACAUGACCCCCUUCAAGUUCUAUAG